AUGAAUUAUCCAAAAAGGUUUUCGAUUGGUAAAAUGUAUUAAAGAGUAUUACAAUUAACUAAUAAAAGGAAAAAGGUAUUUACCUGAAAGAUAAGAAAUGCACUUCAUCGUCAGGAGGUGAGUAAACAAAAUAUGAAAUUGAUUAUACAAAUCAAGGAGUGAAACUAUAGGAUGUUGAACUAGCAACUUUCUAUCUCAAAAAUGGAUUACCUUAUCGAGGUUUGAAAGGUAAUCCAAAAGGUUUUAAAUAGAUAAACAGCCACAGAUGACAUUCCAGCCAAUUUUCUUUUGGUUCAAGUUCCCCGCCAAUUGAUAAUUAGCAGUCGAACUGCAUUUCAAUCAAGUUAAAAGGCCUUCUAUUUUAAACAUAGAGAUUUUUUUCUGGAUCAUGAGGAAGGAGAGGAACAUACAAUAAUGGCUUUCCUCAUUAUGAACAAAAGAGAAGGAAUUCAAUCCAAAUAUUAUAGAUUUAUUGCGUAACUACCCGUAGAUGUUAAUAUGCUGAUAUUUUGGUCAGAGGAUAAAUUGAAAUUGUUGCAAGAUGAAAGUUUAAUCCAAAAAGUACAUAAAAAAAAAGAAGAAUAUGAUUAAACAUAUCAGGUAUUCAAGGAUAUAAUGAAUGCUACAGAAGACGAAUUCUAGUGGGCAUACAGUAAUUUAUACACCAGAGAUUUUGGACAUAAUUUGAAAUACAAAAGCAUGAUUCCUUUUUGUGAAUUCUUCAAUCAUGAGUGUGUGGAUGUUCACAUUGCUCUAUUGUAAAAAAAUGAAAUAAAAGAAUAAUAAGACUAGAUCUUAAUCAAUAGUUGCAACCAUAAUGGAAAGAAAGGAAAAAAGGCAAAAAAAUAGAAAGGAGGUUUUUAUGCUGAGGAGGAACUUUAAAGUGUGUAAUCUUCAUCAGAUUCAGAUAACUCUUUAGAUUUAGAUCAAAAUGAAUCAGAUCUAGAUGAUUUUAUUGCAGAUCAAAUCAUAGAGUGGGCAAGUAAAAAUGAAUUAGAGGAAGAGACAUUUUUAGUCUUAAAGGAUUAUGUGUUAUGUAAUGUCAAAGCUCAGUACACUUAGGAAACAGUGCAAAUUGAUAGAAAUGAAACAAAAAAAAUAAUGAAUUGGAUAGACGACGAGGAUUUUGAUUAUUUCUGUAUUAGCUCAUAAAAGACUGAAAAUUUCAAGAAGGGAGCUUAAGUAUACUUCAAUUAUGGAAGACUUUCGAAUAGAGAAUUACUAUUAAGAUAUGGAAUUGCUAUCGAAAGAAACAAAUAUGAUCAUGUCUAUUUAAGAAUUAACACAAAAGAGCUAUUAAAAAGGAGAGUGAUGAGAGUAUUUUAGAAAUAGUUUUUAUCGAUUAAGUUAAAAUAUACUGAGUUUCCUUUUGCUUUGCUUAAGUUUUCCAAGGCCAUUAAGGAGUAUUAUUUAUUAUGAGUUUUAGAAGCGAGAACCAAGAUUACUAUGAUCUUUAGAAUGUGUUGAAAACAAUAGAUAUUUAGACUGAAUUGAAAGGUUAAGAAUUCGCAUAUCCUUAGGAUUGACAAAAUCUAUUGAGUUAUUGCAGUAAUUUAAGGCGGAGUUCAAAGAAGAUCUCAGCAAAGGGGAUCUCCUAUUAAAAGAUAAGCAGUUAGAUUAUGAUGAGUAUUUCGCUUUGGUUUACAGAUUGGAAAAGCAAAGAAUUCUCCAACACAAUAUUAUAUUACUUUAAUUGGCUAGAGAAAUUCUAUUAGAUCCAGAGAGAUUGGAAUACACUUGCAGUUCUUAUGAAUCAUCUUAAUAUCAGUAUACUUAUAGGAUAAUACUGAAAAAAUACUUAGAAUAGAUACUUAUAUAAUGA